GUCUUAGUGCCCUCUGAGUAUGAAUACAGCAUGAGGAGGUGUUUAGAGGAUCAGGAGCCAGUGUUUACCCCACAACAGCGCAGGCUUCCCGGCAGCGCCGAGGGCUUCCAGCACAGGGUUCUUGCCCCGGCACCUGCCGUCUACGACGCUGGGGCUGACGGCAUGCAGCCGACACCAGGAAUACAGUACCCUGUUUCACAGGCGUACAAGGUGCCCACUGUGGCCCAAAGCACAAGUGGUCAUGGUCACACGCCCAGCACGGCAGUUCACAGCGGGGCUCACCAUCAUGCUCCAGCCGUGCAGCCCCACGGUCCGGCCCCAGUGCAGGGCCACGCCCACCCUCCCACCCCCUCUGCAUCUGCACAGGGGCAACAGCAGUUCCAGAGACUGAAGGUGGAGGAUGCCCUGUCUUACCUGGACCAGGUGAAGCUGCAGUUUGGGAAUCAUCCACAGGUCUACAAUGAUUUCUUGGACAUUAUGAAAGAGUUCAAAUCUCAGAGUAUCGACACCCCGGGCGUAAUCAGCAGGGUGUCCCAGCUUUUUAAGGGUCACCCUGAUCUCAUCAUGGGGUUUAACACAUUUCUUCCUCCGGGAUACAAGAUUGAAGUUCAGACUAAUGAUUUGGUUAACGUGACCACGCCCGGUCAGAUCCACCACAUCACGCCGCAUGGCAUCUCUGUGCAAAACAUCCCGACAGGACCAGCUCAACAGCACCAGAAUCCGAUUCCUGCAAACCCAACCAGCACACCUUCCACGACACCCGCUCAGCCUGCCCCAAAAAGCAAGCCACUGCAGUCUCCUGUUCUGACUCCGAGCAGUCACCCCAGCCCCUCCAUUCCACCGUACGCAUCACCGCGGUCGCCCCCGCUCCAGCCCCAAGCACCUGUCGGCAGCACGCCGUCCGCUCCUCCACCGCAGAACAACCAACCUGUGGAGUUCAACCACGCCAUCAACUACGUCAACAAGAUUAAGAACCGCUUCCAGGGCCAGCCCAACAUCUACAAAUCUUUCCUCGAAAUCCUGCACACAUACCAGAAAGAGCAGCGCAAUGCUAAAGAAGCUGGUGGGAGCUACACGCCAUCACUGACCGAACAGGAGGUUUAUGCCCAAGUCGCUCAACUCUUCAAGAACCAGGAAGAUCUGCUAUCAGAGUUUGGCCAGUUCCUGCCGGAUGCCAACAGCUCUGUGAUGCUGGGCAAGACGGCAGCAGAAAAAGCUGAAUCUGUGCGCAAUGAUCACGGUGGAACCGUCAAGAAACCUCAGCUGAAUAAUAAGCAGAGGCCCAAUCAAAACGGCUGCCAAAUACGCAGACACUCAACUACAGCCGUCACCCCACCUGUAAAGAAAAAGCCCAAGUUAUUAAAUCUGAAAGAUGCGUCCAUGACAGAAGCUGGCAAACACGGAGGGGGAACAGAGUCUCUCUUCUUUGACAAAGUGCGGAAAGCUUUGCGGAGCGCUGAGGCCUAUGACAACUUUCUGCGUUGCCUGGGCAUUUUUAACCAAGAGAUAAUUUCACGUGCCGAGCUGGUUCAACUCGUGGUCCCAUUCCUGGGAAAAUUUCCUGAGCUAUUUACCUGGUUCAAGAACUUCCUGGGAUAUAAGGAGAUGUCACACUUGGAGACGUACCCCAAAGAGAGAGCCACGGAGGGCAUAGCCAUGGAAAUCGACUACGCCUCAUGCAAGCGUCUGGGCUCCAGCUACAGAGCUUUACCAAAAAGCUACCAGCUGCCUAAAUGUACGGGCAGGACACCAUUGUGUAAAGAGGUGCUAAAUGAUACAUGGGUUUCCUUCCCCUCCUGGUCGGAAGAUUCGACAUUCGUCAGCUCCAAGAAAACGCAGUAUGAGGAACACAUGUACAGAUGUGAGGAUGAGCGAUUCGAGCUGGAUGUCGUCUUGGAAACCAACCUGUCCACCAUCCGCGUGCUGGAGUCGGUCCAGAAGAAACUGUCACGGAUGUCUGCGGAAGAGCAGGCGAAAUUUCGACUGGACAACACUUUGGGUGGCUCCUCUGAGAUCAUUCACCGGAAAGCCAUCCAGAGGAUAUAUGGAGAGAAAGCUCUGGACAUCAUCGACGGCAUGAAGAAGAACCCGGCCGUGUCGGUUCCCAUUGUGCUGAAGAGGCUAAAGCUAAAAGAGGAGGAGUGGCGAGAAGCUCAGAGGGGCUUUAACAAAAUCUGGCGAGAGCAGAACGAGAAAUAUUACCUGAAAUCUCUGGACCAUCAGGGCAUUAACUUCAAACAGAACGACACUAAGGUUCUGCGCUCCAAAACGCUUCUCAGUGAGAUCGAGAGCAUCUUCGAUGAGCGGCAGGAACAGGCUUCGGAGGACAAUGCCGUGCCUCCCAGCGGCCCUCACCUGACGCUGACUUACGAUGAUCGCCAGAUCCUGGAGGACGCCGCCGCGUUGAUCAUCCACCACGUGAAACGACAGAGCAGCAUCAACAAGGAGGACAAAUACAAGAUCAAGCAAAUCAUCUACCAUUUCAUCCCCGACAUGCUUUUCUCCCAGCGGGGUGUGCUGUCGGACGCAGAAGAGGAAGACGACGAGGAAGACUUGGACCUCGAUGAGGGGGCAUCCAAGAAGCACAACGGGCUGACAAGAGCGAGUGGAAGCCCUACGAAGUCCAAGCUGCUCUUCAGUACGUCCACAGCUCAACGGCUUCGCUCCUGCGAAGAUCCAUACAACCUCUUCUUCGUGAAUAAUAAUUGGUACAUCUUCUUUCGGCUGCAUCACACACUGUGCUCGCGUCUGUUGCGACUCUACAUUCAGGCCGAACGGCUGCUCGAGGAGGACCUGAGAGAGCGCGAGUGGGAGAGGGAAGUGCUAGGGCUGAAGCGAGACAAAAGUGAGAACACAGCCAUCCAGCUGCGUCUGAAGGAGCCCAUGGACGUUGAUGUGGAGGAUUAUUACUCUGCGUUUCUGGAGAUGGUGCGUAAUCUGCUGGAUGGGAAUAUGGAAGCGUGUCAGUAUGAAGAUUCUCUCAGAGAGAUGUUCACUAUUCAUGCCUACAUCGGUUUCACCAUGGACAAACUCGUCCAGAAUAUUGUCAGACAGCUUCAGCACAUAGUAAGUGAAGAGAUCUGUGUCCAGGUCACAGAGCUGUACCUGAAUGAAAGCAGUCACUCGGCCACAGGUGGAUCCCUGCUCACUCAGAGCAGCAGAGCGAAUCCAGAAGCAUCUUACCAGCGCAAAGCCGAACAACUCAUGUCUGAUGAGAACUGCUUUAAGCUGAUGUUUAUGAAGAACCAAGAAAACGUUCAGCUCACAUUGGAGCUUUUGGACACGGAGGAGGACAAUUCAGAUGAGCCGAUGGAGAUAGAACGCUGGUCAGAUUACGUCAUGCGGUACCUGUCAGCUGAUUUCUCGUCUCCAGACCUGAGGGAUCAUCUGACACAGAAGCCUGUGUUUCUGCCCAGGAAUCUGCGGCGGAUCCGUAAGUGUGAGCGUGACCGUGAGUCACAGGAGAAGGAGGUGAAAGAAGGAGGCAGGAAGGAGAACGCAGACAGCAUGAGGAUGGAGUGCAUGUUCAAACUCAACUCCUACAAGAUGGUGUACGUCUUUAAAUCCGAAGACUACAUGUACAGACGCACAGCACUGCAGAGAGCCCAUCAGUCUCACGAGCGAGUGAGCGUACGCCUGCACCAGCGAUUUCACGCCUGGACUCAACGCUGGGCCAAAGAGCACGUGACCAGAGACAUGGCCGCCGAGACCAGCAAGUGGCUAAUGGGAGAAGGGCGUGAAGGACUAGUGCCCUGCUCCACCACCUGUGAACCCGAAACGGUUCACUACCAGCGUAUUAAUAAGUACAGGGUCAAGUACGGCAGCAGCCAGAAGACCCAGUGACAUAAGCGAACAGGGGCGGGGCUUACACAGAACAUGACAGAGCCAAGCUAACCAGUCACUUUUGACCUGUGACAUCAACACACAUUUAAAGAUUUUUAACAGUGUUUUUUUUUUCUUUUUUAAGCUGCAAAAACCGCAGGUCCCCCGGUGCCAAAACGUGGGGUUAAAGUCCUGUCAGUCAAACCCGGACCAAUCGGCACAGCUCUUAAUACAGACCUGCCCUCUGAUCUGAUAUAUAUCUGUAGAAAGUGUGUUCUCGGAUUUGAUGGCGUUUUUCACAUUCGCAGGCAGCAGAUGUGACAAAAUCUGUGGCGGAGCUGACGUGUCUGAUUCGGAUUCGUCACUUUGCUUAACAGAUUUUUUUUAUGGAUAGAAAGAUGGCAAUUUCUCUAGUUUCGGGAUAAGUGCACUUAACGUUAACACGAGAGCAAGCGAUUUAUUCUGCCACAUUUCAAAGAAAAACAUUUAAGGUGCAAAAAAUGCAUUGUAAUAUUAGACUGAAGAAUUACAUUUUUAUUUAAAAAAAGGCAAAAAAUAAAAAAUGCGUCAGCAAUAAAAUCUCGGGCCUGUGUGUCAAGAAUCAGAAAGCAGGUUGCACGCUUAUCUCUGCACAGAACACCAGCUUACAGCCAACAUCACAUAUAAACAACACACAAGCAGUUGACCGGUUUUGUAAAUAAAAUGUAAAUAUAUCGCCAGACCUUUUUUAUGCCAGAUGUGCGUGUUGUGUUAGUGCAUUAGCGUGACGUUUAGGGAGAAAGUUGCAGAAACCCACGUGGAUUAUUACAUUUUUACCAAAGCGAGUUGAUUAUUAUGGUUGGGUCUUUAGUGUGUUUCCUUUCGUUUUUCGCUUCCCGUUUUUUAUUAGGAAAAUGUUACUUUUGAAAAGUAGAAAUGUAUCCAGGUUCUUGUUUUUUGAAAUGGACGUUUUUAUAUGAUAAAAAGCAUUUUAAUUUUUGAAGUUUGAAUAUGGAUCUCGUUUCUGUACACUUUUAUCACCGACCGUUUCGAAUAAAUAUUCAGCUCUGGCAAACACGCAACACGCAGAUAUACAACUCUAUGAAUGUAAAGGUCUUCGUCGUUGUCAGAGGUCUCGGUCUUCACUCUGGAUAGAUUUCUGCUGGACAAAUCGAAAUAUAAAUAUAUAUAUACACAUUUUAAAAAUGAGUCACAAAGCAUGUCUUUUCUGUGGAUCAUUAUAGACCCUUUAUUUGCAUAUUAUUUAAAUUAAUAAAAAUUACAUUUGUAGCAUAAA